CGCCAUAUUGGAAGGACGAACUCAUCUUUGAAAGCUAUGUGAGUUAGCUAGCGAUACAAGCUACACAAAUAGUAGCUAGCUAGCAAAUUAAAUCACGCUGCGAAAUGAGCAUUAACCACAUAAUUUAUGCUUAACUAAUAAUAUAUGUCCAACACAUAUUAAUUGUUGUGAUAUUUAAGGAAUCUCCAAGCAAUCGAAUUUUUCACAUCAUCUGACUCUCGCGUGGUUGUCACAACAGCGCUAGCUGGCUUGGCAGUCUUGCUAAUUACCUAUCUAGCUAACAGUUGAAACUACUCCGAUAUGUAAUCUUGGUCCUAGUUGACUAGACUGCUCUAGCUGGCUAGCUAGCUUGUUCUGAAAUCCUUACAGCUCAAAUUAGCGUUUCGUCGCACAGAAAUAUGGCUGUGUAUUCGCUCCUGGAUUUAUGCCUGGACUGCGUGGCAAAAUAUGCCGAUAACUACCACAGCGACAUUAAGUCUUUACCACUGGGCAUAAAGGAUAAACUGGUGCGGAUAAUGACCUCCCAGGGCACAGUCACCGACUUCAACAUCACUCAACUGUUGCAUCCUGAGAUACACACUCUGGACCUGCAGAACUGCAAAGUGUCAGACACCGCCCUCCAACAGAUCCGCUGCGGGCAGCUGAGGAGAAUACUUCUGAGAGGCUGUGGUAGUGUCACGUCUGAAGGUGUGACGGCCCUAGCAUCCUCCUGCCCUUGCCUGCAGGUUGUGGAUCUGGGCGGGUGCACGGGUGUGACAGACGAGGGCGUUGUGGCCUUGGCACACAACUGCAAACUGCUGGAGGUAAUCUCUAUACGAGGCUGUCCGGCGAUAGGCGAUGCCGCCCUGCUAGCGCUGGGAGGGAACUGCAGCCUCCUGCACAGUGUCUACUUCUCAGAAACUCGGGUGACGGACGUGGGUGUGGUCGGCCUUGCCACCGGAGUGUGUUCCAGCAAUUUGCGGGAGCUUCAAAUGGCACGCUGUCAGUUCCUGACGGAUGAGUCUGUGACAGCGGUCCUGACACAUUGCCCCAAAAUCAGGAUCUUCAACUUCCAUGGAUGUCCGCUGAUCACAGAUCAAUCCAGGGGGGCCCUGCAGAACCUCAUUGGCCCAGAUAAAAUCCACCAGGUGUCAUGGACCAUAUACUGAGCGAGCAAUGAAGAGGACGUCCUCCUUACCGGGGACGGAUUCUAGAAUUUCAGGACAUUUUCUGAAUGUUUAUGUAGAUCUUAAAAGCAUUCCAAAAGGCCCAGCCUCUUAAAACAUUUGACAGCGCUGCACUUAAACCAUUGACAAAAUAAAAUGAAGAAAAUAACCGCAUUCCUUAGACUGCUAUUGUACUACAGACUUUUCACAGUUGAAUUGGAUUAGCUAUCUGUAGGAUUAGACCUUUUCAUACAAAGGCGAGGGCUGUAUACUCCUGAGGAAAGCCAACUCGGACAAUAAAUCUUAUAAGAUAUCUUCUUGGGUUGAGGUUAUAGUGGUUUAUCAAGUAUGGGUUUGUUGUUUGUAAAGCGUUUGUGGUGCUAUGUUUAUAUUUGCCACUGCACGUCAUGUGUUUGUUCAUAACGAUAUUUCAGCACGUUAAUGUAACUUGUUAGUUUUUGUACUGUUUAUUCAGAUUUUUGUUCUUUAUAACAUCAUAUACGGAACACACACCAUACUGAAUUUUCUCUUUUAUUCGACGCUUGAUAUGCAACAUUGACCUCUAGUGGUUAAAUACAUUCAUGUACAUUUAACUCUUUCCACUAGUUGCCUUCAUUGACACAAAUUUGUGGACUUAAGAGCGUAUACUGUCAUGGUCCAAUGUAGAGAUAGGAAACAACAUGUUAACGUUAAAUGUUAAAAUUUUAAUGUAACAUUGUUAAUGAGAGUGCGUGCUAGACUGUCUGCAUGUGUUGGAGCACGGAGUGGUGUUGCUCAGCUAGCUCAUGAUAUUUGCAUGUUUCUGCGAUGAUGUAUUGCGACAGACUCCCUAAAACCGUAAUGGAAAACCUGUUUUCUGUCUGUAUCAUGCUGAUUGUAAGAUGAGAAUGUGUGUCCGUCGUGUCAGUUACAAAAUGCAAUUGUCUCCAUUUUCUAAAAGUGGAUGUA